AUGGCUCCAUAUAAGGUUCUGUAUGGGAGGAAAUACCAAUCUCUAUUAUGCUGGUAUGAAGCCGGAGAAUUAAGUUUGUUGGGGCUUGAAUUGGUGGCCAAGACAACGGAACAGAUUAAGAAGAUCCAAGCUAGAAUUUUUAUCGCUCAGAGUCAUCAGAAAAGCUAUGCUAAUCGGAGGCGGAAGCCUUUGGAGUUUGAAGAGGGUGACCAUGUGUUUUUGAAGGCUACUCCGAUUAUGGGAGUCGGUAGAGCGAUAAAAUUAAAGAAGUUGAAAUCCCGUUACAUGAAAUACACCUCCGAUGUAACUCACAUAUUAGAGCCCGAAUCAGUUCAAAUGAAAGAAAAUUUGACAUUUCAAGUAGCUCUGGUCAGAAUUGAUGACGUUAGUGUCAAGCAACUGUGCGAAAAGGAAGUUCUAUUAGUUAAAGUGGCUUGUAGUCAAGUCGGAGUGGAAGAGCACACGUGGGGGCUCGAGUUUGACAUGAGGAAGGAUUAUCCUUACCUGUUUGUAGCUUUGAUCAAAGACCUGUUUGUGGCCACCUGA